ACCAUUCCCCUCCCAUGCAACUGUCCUCUUAAGAUUUGAUUACUGAAUUAGAGACAUUAAAAGGAUUGAAUGAACCUUACUGAAAUAGUCAAGGGUGGUGGGAGCAAAGAAGUCCCUUAAGCAAAGCAAGAAAAACAUUUUAAGCUGUAUCCUUAAUAUUGGUAAACGGGAACAAUGAGACAGAACAACAGAAAACACAGGUUCUGUCAUAAUAACUGAGGCUGGUGACUUGGAACAGGCAGGUAGAUGAAUAUAGUAGCGUAUUUAAAAUUAGACCUAUUGAAAGCAGGCGUUUCUCUGGGUCCCUCUUCAGAUGGGUCAGCGAGCCCCCCAGACACUGGAUUGAUGACAGCUGUUGUUACCCCCAUAUCCCCCACCCCCAAUCUCAAAGCAGUGCUAUGGGUCGAUGCCAUACUUGUUUACUCAGGAAUAAACAAUGAAAGGAACUUUGUUAGGACCCAAUCCUUCCUUUCAGCUCUGAUGUUGCACGAUCGGGGUGAAGUUUCCAUCAAAUGCGGGUACCUCAACAGGUAGCAUUUUGUAAAUGCCUCCUCCUACCUACCCUCCUGCUUCUCCCUCACAAGAUUCUUCAUUUUCGGUUUGAGAAGAUGUUGGGGAUCCUGGAGAGGUACCAGUGUCGUCAGGGCAGUUGCAAUUGUUUAUGGAUAAGCACGGUCAUAGCGUUUGUAGAACAAAAGCAUCGAAGAAAGGCGAGCGCCGGUCCACCUCCUGCAAUCACGGGCAUCAUUUCAACGGCAGGCAAAGAAGGUGUAAGCUACAAGCAGAGGCAGCAAACGCCCUGGUUCCUACGUUGCUGCUGCUACUAUUAUUGCUGUGGCUGCACCUCCUCCAACACAGCCAACCAGCCUGCGUGCGAGCCCAGGCAGACGCCUGGCCACCUCCCCACCCUUUCUUCUAGCCAUCCAUCUAUCCUUCCACCCCAGGUCCAGGGGGCCCUACUGUGUGCCGGACCCAGGGCCGGGCACGCAACCCGAUUCACAGUCAACGGAGUUCGAGAGCCUUCACCCUUCCCCCGCCCCGGAGGGCGCCUGCAGCCCGCCGCGCGCUUCUCUUCGGCGGGAGCUGCCGCCCAGCGCACGGCUAGGAGCGAUCGCAGGAGCCGGACCCGAGCCCGUGCGGGCCAGACGGCGGCGGCGAGGCGGAGGCGCUCGGGCUCCGGGACCCAGGCACCCAGGCACCCGGACCCCGGGACCCAGGCGCGGCCGGACCGCGCCCCAUCCCGCGCGCCCGAGCAGGACGACUGUCAUUAGCCUCCUGGACGGGACCCGGGGCGGAAUCCUGGUGUCCUGAAAGGGGCCCGGGCGACCCUCCGAGGAAGAACUUUUGGGGGCGGGGUCCCCGCUCCCGCGUCCCCUGGGCGGCCGCUAUUGUCUGCGCGCCACGCUUGGC